ACGGUGAAAUUAUGACGCUAUAGAUGUCGGAAAUUCCAAUCCGUUCGGAUUCGCGAUACUGCAUCUUUAUUGAUGUAACGACGGCUGCGCGCGUGCGUGCGUGCGUGUGUGCGUGCGGGUAUGCGUGUGUACGAGCGUUGUUUAUGCACCUACUAGGGAAGACGACGGUUAUCAUUGGACAAUUGAACACACCCCGAUAACAGGCUCGGUCCUGUAACGAACACAGAACCCGGUGCUGGUUGGUUUUCUACUUUCUGUGUGCGAUGACGUUCUCAACUGGAGAUUCCAGCAUGGGCCAGCAGGUAGCGCUGAAGUACGCCAGUCUCGUGCUGCUGGUGAUGCAGAACGCUGUGCUGAUUCUGAUCUUGCGCUACGCCCGCACGCAGCCCGGUGACAUGUACCUCGCUACGUCUGCCGUCGUCGUGUGCGAGGUGUUGAAGCUCGCCGCGUGCCUCGCGAUUCUGCUCGUGCAGCAGCGCGGCGUGCGGCCGUGGCUGCGCCUGCUGCACACGCACGUCGUCGCCGACCCCGUCGACACGGUCAAGGUCGCCGUGCCGUCCUUCAUCUACACGCUGCAGAACAACCUGCUCUACGUCGCCAUCAGCAAUCUCGACGCGGCCACCUACCAGGUGUCGUACCAGCUGAAGAUUUUGACGACGGCUCUCUGCUCGGUGUUCAUGCUCAAGAGGUCGCUGUCCGGCGUGCAAUGGCUUGCACUCGUCAUUCUGUUCAUAGGUGUGUCGAUUGUGCAGCUGGAACAGCAGGGAGCGACGACGACGGGCGUCAACCAGCGCCCCCUUGUGGGCCUCCUCGCCGUCGUCGCCGCGUGCGCGACGUCGGGAUUCGCCGGCGUCUACUUUGAGAAGAUCCUGAAGGGCAGCGACGUCUCCAUCUGGGUGCGCAACGUGCAGCUGUGCGUGUUCUCGAUCCCGAUCGGCGUCGUGGUGAUGCUGAUGACGGACGGCGCGGAGGUGCGCGCGCGCGGCCCGCUGCACGGCUUCGGCGUCGUCGUCUGGGUCUCCGUCGCGAUCCAGGCGUUCGGCGGGCUCCUCGUCGCCGUCGUCGUCAAGUACGCCGACAACAUCCUCAAGGGCUUCGCAACGACCGUCUCGAUUGUCAUCUCGUGCGUCGCGUCCGUCUACCUGUUCGACUUCGUCGUCACGGCGACGUUCGCUGUCGGCGCCGUGCUCGUCGUGGCGUCCAUCUUUCUGUACAACAGGACGCCGGGGGCGGCGGCGGCGGUGCCGAAGCUGGAGAUGUCGCCGGUGCCCGGAAGCACGAGCGGCGGGUCGCCAGCAAAGAUGUGAUUCGCGUGCCGAAUGCACGCGCGAAAAUUCACGAGACUUUUCGCGCGAGUCUGUUCUAUUGACCCAUCCGCCAAAUGUGAUUGACAGGUAGAUCUAGGCAAUCACUUUUGCGAUUAGGAGCGUUUUUAAAAUGCCGUUCGUGACAGUGCCGGGAAGUCGACAAUGUGGUCGGGUGAAAUGCAUGCAUAAGCCUUACCUGACAUACUUAGCAAUGAUGUGCAAGAGUGGCAUCGUCACCUCGCUCAAAUGGAUGAGUUAAUAUCAGCCUUAACUAUAGGUGACGUGAGGGAGGGGUAGGACUGUGAAACCUUGCAUGCUAGCGAGUAAUGCUGCGAAGGUUAGCGCAUUCUCGUUUUAAUCAUGUUUUAAAAAUCGGUGCAAGCGUGUGUCGGGUGAACUGUUGCGGAUGCUGUGAUGGUAAACCAUCUUCAGCGACCACGUAAUAGGUUGACCUUGCACAUGCUCG